AUGUCUCAGCAUCACUAUGUAUUCAAGUACAUCAUCAUUGGUGAUAGUGGUGUGGGGAAGAGCUGCCUUCUGCUGCAGUUUACAGACAAGCGCUUUGAGCCGCUGCAUGAUCUGACAAUUGGUGUAGAGUUUGGGGCUCGUGUGGUGACGAUUCAGCAGAAAAACGUGAAGCUGCAGAUUUGGGAUACGGCGGGGCAGGAGAGUUUCCGCAGCAUCACUCGGAGCUACUACCGUGGUGCCUGUGGUGCGCUUCUUGUGUACGACGUCACACGUCGCGAGACAUUCACACACCUUCAGACGUGGCUGGAGGACGCGAAAGCGAACGCCAAUACCGCCAUUGUUAUCAUGUUAAUUGGGAACAAAUGUGACUUAGAGGCCAAGCGGCAGGUGUCGCGGGAGGAGGGAGAGAGCUUCGCCAAGAAGAACAACUUGGUGUUUAUGGAGACAAGCGCCAAGACGGCGCAAAAUGUGGAUGACGCCUUUAUGAAGACCGCCAUGAUGAUUUACGAGAAUGUGCAGAGCGGUGUUGUGGACCUAUCCGUGGUGUCGGGUAAGCCUUUGCCUGCGGCUGCAGCCGUCAGUCCUGCGGCGCGAGGAGGCAGCUCCAACCAAUGCCCUUGCUGA